GAGUACUUUAAGGUUUUUAACUUAGUCAAUUUAUAACCCAUCAAUAAAAAACUAUUACCUACAAUGAAUGUGCUUAGUGCUAUAUUGUUUUGUGGAUUAAUAUUUUCAGUUGCAAAUGCUGAAGAACUAAAAGUAACCUUUUACUAUGAGUCAUUGUGUCCUUAUAGUAUUAACUUUACUGUGCAUGAGCUUUACCCAAAUUAUAAGUUAUUGGGGGAUUAUUUAAAACUGGAUUUUGUCCCUUUUGGAAAUGCGAAGAUUUUCAAUACAACUGGAGGAUAUCUAUUUGAAUGCCAACAUGGUUCAGCUGAAUGCAAGGGAAACAAAUACCAUAGUUGUGUUUUAAAUUUGUAUAACGAGUCUCAAUCAGCUGAUUUUAUUAACUGCGAUAUGGGAUCCGGAGCACCUGCCGAUGAUAUCAAUUUAAAAAAAUGUGCCGAAGAAAACAAUCUUAACUUUGAUGACGUUAGAAAAUGCGUGGACAGCGGAAAGGCCGACGAACUUCUUGUAGCUUAUGGAAAAAGGACCAAAGAGGUGACGCCCAAAUUUAAAUCCGUACCUGCCAUUGCAAUAAAUGAUGUUUUUAAUCAGGGUAUCAGUGAUGAAAUUGAAUAUAACUUCUUAGAAGUUGCUUGUAGGUUACUUAAAAAUAAACCCGAAGCAUGCAAAUAAGCAAAACAUGUACUUUUUAUUUGGUAACCUUAUACAUCCACAAUUGUCCAUUGGACCUAGUGCGAUUUCUGAAAACCAAUGCUGGCAUUCCCUGUCGUAAUAUGUGUUUUGUG